AUUACGCAGGGUACUGCGUUGUUUGUAUGUUGGUUCUGAAGUUAGCCAAUCUAGUUAGCUAGCCAGCUAACUGCAGUGCUAUUUGGUUACUAUUAGUAAAAGUCACGUAGUCUUAAAUAUCUAGUUACAUACUAUAUCUUUUAAAUACUAAACCUGUGUUUCUCAAGUACAGUAGCCGCCUUCAGUUUAGAUUCAGUCGGUAUUUGUCGUGGUAGUAUAGCCGUUAGCCGAGACUAACAGGAUUCUCAAUGGAGGGCAGCGCCAGCGUGAGGAGAGCGCUUUCCGGGACUCUCGUCCCUAUGACGGUCACAACAGUGGCUCUCCUUCAACAUCAAUCCGAGCAGAACGAGAACGACAAGGGGAAGGUGCAGAGAAAGGUCCUCGAUGAAGAGGAGUACAUCGAGAGUUUAGAGAAGAUCAUCCAGCGGGACUUCUUUCCAGAUGUGACUAAAUUGCAAGCGCAGAAGGACUAUCUUGACGCAGAGGAAACUGGUGACCUAGAGAGAAUGAGAGAGAUAUCCAUAAGAUAUGGAUCAUCUUUGACAAAAUCUACACCACGGUCUACAGCGCCCUAUGUGACACCAGCAAGCUUUGAGACGCCAGUGGGUCACUCAGGGUCUCCCUCCUCCUCUCAUGGCAAUAAAGGUUUAGAUGGCGAGAGCAAGGAUGAUGGCAAGGAAGAGAAAGAGCUGCCCUGUCUGGAUCGCUUCCUUGCUAAAAAUACCAGUGAGGAUAAUGCAUCGUUUGAGCAGAUAAUGGAUCUGGCUGAAGACAAGGAGAAGCUGAGGCAUUACUGGUUAUAUGAGGCCGAGGCUGAAUACAAACAGCGCCAUGACGAGAACCUUGCUUUACCAUCAGCAGAGAAAGCAGCACUUGAAUGUGUCAAAGCCGGACUCGAGACAUGGGAGUACAAAGCAAAGAAUGCCCUGAUGUAUUAUCCAGAGGGUGUUAAAGACGAUGAUGCUCUAUUUAAGAAGCCACGGGAGGUAAUUCACAAGAACACACGCUUUGUUGGAGACCCAUUCAGCAAAGCUCUCAACAAAAGCCAGAUUCAGCAGGCUGCUGCCCUCAAUGCACAGUUCAAACAGGGUAAAGUCGGCCCCGAUGGGAAAGAGCUCAUCCCACAUGAAUCCCCAACAGUGAAUGGAUAUGGUUUUGAGAAUAUGCCGUCCCCUGCACCUGGUGUAGCUGAGUCGCCUCUAAUGACCUGGGGUGAGAUCGAGAGCACACCAUUUCGUCUGGAUGGAUCGGACUCCCCGUAUGUUGAGAGGAACCACGGUCCAUCAUUUAAGAUUCCAGAACCAGGAAGAAGAGAGAGGCUGGGUUUAAAGAUGGCCAAUGAAGCUGCCGCUAAAAACCGCGCUAAGAAACAGGAGGCAUUGCGAAAGGUUACAGAGAACCUCGCAAGUCGUACACCUAAAGGUCUGAGUCCAGCCCUCACCCCCGCCCUGCAGAGGCUUGUAAAUCGGACAUCCAGCAAAUACACGGACAAAGCUCUACGAGCGAGUUACACCCCAUCACCCUCACAUGGCGUCACUGGCUGCAAGUCUCCCUUCGGUGGUCCAUCCACUCCCUCAGGAACUCCAACACCAGACAAAGCCAAGACUCCGAGCUCUCAGGACCUUACAUCACUCACAGACAAUCUGCUGCAACUCCCCAAGAGACGAAAAGCCUCAGACUUUUUCUAAGUAAGAGAAGCUGUUCUCUGCUGGGAUUGUAUAAAACAGACAUAUUAUAAUGUGGAGAAUUUGAUUAAAUCUCAAAUUAAAGAGCACAUCUUUCAGCUGGAUGACUGGAUAAAGAAAUGCACAGAGGACUGAAGACUUUUAAAGGAUUUAUUUGUUACAUGUUUGCACAGAUGAGACCCCUGUGAAAUACAUCUUGGUAUCCAAAUUCUUUUUAAUUAUAGUUUAUUGUUUUAUCCCAAAAACAAGGUUUCAUAGAUUUUUGUACAGUUUCUUCCACUCCAACAAACUAUUGCUACCUACCCAGCAUCACAUGCUUACAUUAUAUUAAUAUACUGUAAUUAUAAUCAGUAGCUGUUUCUGAGAAUCACACAUACAAAUGGGAUUUCAACGCACGACAUCCGAUAGCUGUCACCCAGCUUUCCAUAAAUGCUGCCAUGACAUUUCAGUGUUUGUCUCUGCAUUGUAGAAAUUACUUAAAUUUUUUGCGUGUUUUUGCCCUAUGUUGAAAAUAAUGUUGGACAUUUUGACUAAAAAGGUCUGUAAAAUAAAUACCAUGUAUCACCAGAUGACAGCUUUGUCAAUUAGGUCUGUUCUACCUACUACUGGUGAUAGAACAGAACUGUAAAUACUAACUUUAUACCUCCUUUUUUCAAGAAAUCUUAAAAUGUAUAGGCUUAACCACACUGUUCUGUGCUUCAACUACAGCUAGAAAUACUCCAACAUGCCCUCAGUCUGUUUUUUGGAGCAUUAGAGGUUACAGGGUCCACAGCUAGAUUUAUUAUAAGAUGAGGCUGUCCUGUUGGUUGGGAAGUCAACACACACUCUCAUUGUUCAUCAUUUUGAGUCGGCUGUGGACAUUAUACUUACCCUUAGUACAUAACGUUGUAUGGUGAAUGUUUGAUUUGCAUGUUUAUUUCUUGUAAAAACAAUGCUCAUAUGCCCACAUGUAAAUGGCCUUUGAUGGUAUGAUUAUGCACUUUAUUUAUAGCCUUAAGAUGGGUGUUAGGACAUUAUUAUGUAUUAUUUUACAAAAUGAUAACAAAAGUAAGCCAUACAGUUUCCUCAAAGACAUAGGCUCACUCCUUCUGAUAAUUGCAGUCUUGGAGUUUGACUCUUGGGCUAUCACACAAGGUCAAUUAGGUCAGCCUGUCCAAGGAGGAGAUGAAAUGGAGCACAUUUAUUAUUCAGGGUAGAAAUUCUUCUUCAGUUUUAGUACGAAGAUUUCUUAAAGAUCCCAAAUAAAAAAUGGGCAAAUCUCAUUCUAUGACUUUUGGUGAAAUAAAAUUAGGUGGCUUGGUUUUAGAAU